AUGGAAAAAGCUUCAGAGCUAGUCUUCAUCCCCUCCGCCGGCAUGGGCCACCUCGUCUCCGCCGUCGAGAUGGCAAGGCUCCUCGUUGCUCGACACGACCGACUUUUCAUCACCGUCUUCAUCAUGAAGCUACCCUUCGACUCCAAAGGCACCGAGUCCUACAUAGCCUCCCUCGAGGCCUCUCCCGUGUCGCCACGUGUCAACUUCAUCACCCUCCCAAAAGUUCCUACCAUAGACAAUCACAUGAGCCCCAACUCCUUCCGCAACCAGUUCAUCGAAAGUCACAAAACCCACGUCAAAAACGCGGUCGCCGAACUCACCGAGUCUGAGUCCGAUUCAAGGCCUCGGCUCGCUGGGUUCAUCAUCGACAUGUUUUGUACAACAAUGAUCGACGUGGCGGAUGAAUUUGGGGUUCCUACUUACAUGUUCUUCACUUCACCAGCUGCGUUUCUGGGGUUGUUGUUUAGCCUACAGAGAAUUCGUGACGUGUAUAACAAGGACGUGAGUGACUUCAAGGACUCGGACGCUGAGUUGGCCCUGCCCACUUUUGUCAACUCGGUUCCCGCCAAAGUCUUGCCCAGUGUGCUUCUGGACAAGGACGGUGCGAAGGCUAUCCUCGGCUAUGCCAAACGGUUUAGAGAAACCAAGGGUAUUUUGGUAAAUACAUUCAUGGAGCUGGAAUCGCACGCUCUUGAUUCUCUUUCUGAUGGUGAAACCCCACCUUUGUAUCCUGUGGGCCCCAUCUUGAACCUAAAGAGCGAUGAUAGCCAAUCGGGUUCAGAGCAGGCGCAACAGAAGUCUGAUGUAUUGGAGUGGCUAGAUGAUCAGCCUCCUUCGUCUGUGGUGUUCCUGUGCUUUGGGAGCAUGGGAAGCUUUGGUGAGGACCAGGUGAGAGAGAUAGCGUGGGGGCUUGAGCGGAGUGGGCUCCGGUUCUUGUGGUCUCUACGCCAGUCGCCACCAAAGGAGACCGUUGCGUCCCCUAGUGACUAUUCAGAUCCCAAGGCGGUCCUGCCCGAAGGGUUCCUCGAUCGGGCGGUUGGAAUAGGAAAGGUCAUAGGGUGGGCCCCGCAGGUGGCGAUCUUGGCCCACCCUGCAAUUGGCGGGUUUGUAUCUCACUGCGGGUGGAAUUCCACGCUUGAGAGUCUAUGGUUUGGGGUGCCGGUUGCCACGUGGCCAAUGUACGCUGAGCAACAAUUAAAUGCCUUUGAAUUGGUAAGGGAGUUGGGAUUGGCUGUGGAAAUCAACAUGGAGUAUAGGAGGGACUUUUAUGGGGAGAGUCCGAAGGUUGUGAAGGCAGAAGACAUAGAGAGAGGAAUAAGGGAGGUGAUGGUGCAGGAUAGUGAUUUAAGGAAGAGGGUGAAAGAGACGAGUGAGAAGAGCAAGAAGGCCUUGAUGGAUGUCGCUGGUAAGCGAGCAGGGUCUCAAAACCUUAGCUUCCCUUUAUUUUGUUUUCGGCUGACUCCUCCUGCCGUUCCUUUUUUCAUCAUGGGAGACUCAUAUUCCAGUCCUUUUUCCCUUCACCAUUCUGAUCAUCCUAACCUUGUUCUUGUCUCCACCAAAUUAAAUGGAGACAAUUAUACCACCUGGGCACGCGGCAUGGAGAUCUCUUUGAGCGCCAAGAACAAACUUGGCUUUAUUCAUGGGACUUCUUCUGUUUCUGCCUAUUUCACUCGUCUCAAAGGCCUUUGGGACGAACUUGCCUCGUACAACGAACCCUGCACUUGUUCUUCAGGCACCAAGAACGACAGACAGCAGCUUAUGCAGUUUCUCAUGGGGCUUAACGAGUCUUUUUCUGCCGUUCGUGAUCAAAUCCUCUUGAUGAGCCCCCUGCCCACCGUUCGCCAUGCCUGUUCCUCCGUGUCUCAGGCCGAGAAGCAACGUUCGAUGGGUUCUCCCCGUUCCGUCGACCAAUCUGCUGCAGCCAUGGCGGUCCGUGGAUCGUCCCGUGCUUCCUCCGACCGUCCUCCUCUUCACUGCACCUAUUGCAACUACGAUUUUCACACCCGUGACAAUUGCCACAAGCUUCAUGGUUACCCUGUUGGUCAUCCUCUCCAUGGCCAGCCGUGGAGGCCACCCCGUCGCUCUACCUCUGCUGGUUCUUCACGCAACAAUGGUGCUGGUUCUUCACGCAGCAAUGGUGCUGCCCCUUCUGCCCGUAACCUCCAUGCUGCUCAUCCUUGGCCCACUACCAGCCCUCCUUCAGCUCACCACGUGCAAGGGCAGCCCACGCUGCAUGAUGUCCAGAUUGCUAUGCCCCAUCUCUCAACCGACCAACACUCCCGAGUUCUUGCUGCCCUCAGUGACGGUGCCCAGCCUCCUUCCUCUCCUCAGGCUCAUGCUGUUUUUGGUGAGGAUUUUACCAAAGGUUUGUUUCCCGUAGCUUCUCGUCUUGGUCAAUGGAUCCUUGACAGUGGCGCUACGGAUCAUAUUACCUCUUCCGCCUCGUGUUUGGUUAAUACUUCUGCUUCGCAUUUGCCACCUGUUUCUUUGCCCAGUGGUGCUACCGCCCCUAUUACUUCCACUGGCACUCUUCAUUUAAAUUCCUCUGUUUUUUUGAAGGAUGUUUUAUGCGUCCCUACUUUUAAAGUGGACCUUUUAUCGGUUGGUAAGCUUACAGAUGGAUUAUCGUGUUCCGUAACAUUCUUUCCCUCUUGGUGUGUUUUGCAGGAUUUGGUUUCGAAGGCAACGAUUGGUGUGGGUAAGCGACGUGGUGACCUAUAUUAUCUUGUGGCUCUUGCCUCCUCCAUCCCAUCCAGUCACCCCCUCUGCAAUGUCAUCACCAUCCCGUCUUCCCUGUGGCAUAGGCGCCUUGGUCAUCCUUCCCAUCCUCGUUUGCAAGCUUUAGCUUCUAGUUUUUUACAUUGUUCUUUUGAUUCUAGUCAUGUGUGUGAUGUUUGUCCUUUGGCAAAACAAACUCGUCAACCUUUUGGUUUAAGUUCAAUUUCAACAACCUUUCCUUUUGCUUUAAUUCAUUGUGAUAUUUGGGGCCCGAAUCGUCAAACUUCCCUUUCUGGAGCUCAUUAUUUUUUAACCAUUGUGGAUGAUUUUUCUCGUUUUACAUGGGUUUUCCUCAUGAAACAUAAAUCUGAUACUCAACAAUUACUCAAGGAUUUUUUUGCUUAUGUCAGUACCCAAUUCCAUGCUAAAAUUCGUUGCAUUCGCACUAACAAUGGCGGCGAAUUUCUUUCUCUUCGUCCAUUUUUUUCGGAUCAUGGGGUUUUACUUCAAACUUCUUGUGUCUAUACCCCUCAACAAAAUGGCGUUGUUGAACGCAAACAUAGACACCUCUUAGAAACCGCACGUGCACUUCGCUUCCAGUCCAAUCUUCCCCUCAAAUUUUGGGGUGAAUGUAUCCUUACCGCUGCUUAUUUAAUAAAUCGUCUUCCCACCCGUCUUCUCCAUAAUCACACACCGUUUGCAGUCCUUCAUAACAAAGUCCCCACCUAUGAUCACUUCCGCGUUUUUGGUUGUUUAGCCUAUGCCACCUCUGUCCUUCCACCCACUAAAUUUUCCCCUAGGGCUCACCGUUGCAUCUUCCUUGGUUACCCUCCCGGCCAAAAGGCCUACAAACUAUAUGACCUAGACACUCACCGCCUCUUCACAAGUCGGGACGUAAUCUUCCAUGAAGAUUCCUUCCCUUAUACUCUUCCCCCCACCUCUACCCCAUCCCCCACGCCUCCCUUGCCUCUCCCUUCCUCUCUGGACUUUCCUUAUCCCCCAUCCCCUGUCCCUACACCACAACCCCUUACUGCCCCUCUUGCCGACCCAUCCACCUCUCCCUCCACGGCUCCUCCUCCUCCUCUUAAUGACACCUUCCCUGACCACUCUGCUCCCUCUCCCGAUAUCCCAUCUAGUUCACCCCCGGACCCCAACCCCUCCUCGCUCCCACCUCCUUCUCAACCUUUCCCCGCCCCCCGCAUUUCUUCCCGCACCCGUACAUCCCCAUCCUAUUUUAAGGACUACGUUUGCUCGCAGGUGAUUCUGCCGCCACACCAAUCCUCGACUUCGCCGCCCAAUUCUCCACCUGGUACGCGUUAUCCACUUUGUAAUUUUAUUUCUUAUCACCGUUACUCACCCAAACAUCUUUCAUAUACAUAUUCUGUCAGUCGGCAUGUGGAGCCCUCCUCCUUUGCCGAGGCUACCAGUGAUCCUAAUUGGCGUCGUGCCAUGCAUGAGGAGCUUCAGGCAUUACAUGCCAAUGGUACUUGGACUCUGACUACUGGCAAAGCUCCCAUUGAUUGUAAAUGGGUGUACAAAUUGAAGUAUAAUUCUGAUGGUUCUAUUGAGCGUUACAAAGCUCGCUUGGUUGCUAAAGGUUACACACAGGCUGCAGGUAUUGAUUAUCAUGACACUUUUUCCCCUACUGCUAAGAUGAUUACUGUGCGUUGUCUUCUUGCUCUUGCUGCUAGUCAGUCUUGGUCUCUUCAUCAGCUCGAUGUUAAUAAUGCUUUUUUGCACGGUGAUUUACAUGAGGAAAUUUAUAUGUCUCCUCCUCCUGGUCUUUGGCGACAGGGGGAGAAUCUUGUGUGUCGCCUUCAUAAAUCUCUAUAUGGUCUCAAGCAGGCUUCUCGCCAAUGGUUUGCUAAAUUCACUACUGCCAUUCUUUCCGCUGGAUUCCAACAAUCAAAAGCUGACUAUUCAUUGUUCACCAGAAAGUCCGGUACUUCUUUCACAGCCUUACUCAUUUAUGUGGACGAUAUUGUGAUUACAGGGAAUGACGUCAGGGCCAUUGAUUCUCUGAAGUCUUUUCUCCGUGACCACUUUCGGAUAAAAGACCUUGGGGAACUAAAAUAUUUUUUGGGUAUCGAGGUUUCUCUCUCUCAACGUGGAAUUUAUAUUUCACAGCAAAAGUAUGCAUUGGAGAUUCUCAAGGAUUAUGGUUUUCUGGGUGCACGGCCCAUUGCUUUUCCCAUGGAUGACACAAAAUUAUCUGAUCGAGGAGAACUUCUCAAGGAUCCUGAAAAGUAUCGGCGCUUAGUAGGACGGUUGAUUUAUCUCACCAUAACUCGGCCAAAUAUCACAUAUUCCGUGCAUGUUUUGAGUCGGUUUAUGCAUGAGCCCCGUGUUCCUCAUAUGGAUGCUGCGCUUCGUGUUGUUCGUUAUUUGAAAUCAACUCCAGGUCAAGGCUUAUUAUUUCGUUCUGACAACCAGACUAAGUUAGCUGCAUUUUGCGACUCUGACUGGGCAGUUGUCCUAUCACUCGUCGUUCGACUACUGGCUGAGGCAGAAUAUAGGGCAAUGGCAGGUGCUUGUUGUGAGUUAGUUUGGCUUCGUUUUUUGUUGAAGGAUUUGAAUAUUCCUUUGGAAGGUCCUUCUGUUUUAUUUUGUGAUAAUCAAGCUGCAUUGCAUAUAGCCGCGAAUCCUGUUUUUCGUGAGCGAACUCGUCACAUUGAGAUGGAUUGUCAUUUUAUACGCGAUAAGAUUGCAGAUGGAACCGUAGCGACAGAAUAUGUGCGUACGACACACCAGUUGGCAGAUUUGUUCACUAAGCCCCUUGGGAAGAACAAGUUUUCAACUUUGAUACGCAAGUUGGGUGUUCUUGACAUUCACUCUCCAACUUGA